UCUCCGGCCCAGGCAGCCAUGCCCGGGAUCGGGAUCGGGAUCGGGACCGGGCCCGGGCCCGGAGCCGCCCUGCUCGCCGCCCUGCUCGCCGCCCUCUUGGGCCUCCUGCUCGGCCGCGCCGCCGCCGAUUGUCCCUCCACUACCUGGAUUGAAUUCAGAAGCAACUGUUAUGUUUUUCUUCAAGGAACAGUUGGCAUAAAAAAUAUAGAGGAUGUCAGGGAGCAGUGUACAGGCCAAGGAGCUGACAUUAUUAGCAUACAUACGAAAGAAGAAAAUACUUUUGUCCUGAAAAAUUUUGAAACACAUUGGCAAGGCCCUGAUUAUGUCUUACUGGGCAUGUUUUAUGACACAGAUGAUAAAAGCUUUAAGUGGUAUGACCAAUCUAACAUGACGUUUUCCAACUGGACUGAUGAGGAAGCUGGGGAGGAACUCAUAAAUACUUGUGCAUUUUUGCACACCAAGUCAGGUAUAUGGAAAAAAGGAAGUUGCGAAGUUUCUUCUAUGGAGGGGAGCCUCUGUAAAGCAGCUGUUUCUUACAAGAAGAGAUAUUUACCAGAGAGCCAUGUUUCAAUAACAUUUUUGGUGAUCACCGGUUCCAUAAUUUUGGCAGUUGCAGGAGCAACAGUUUGGUUCCUAUACAAAAGAAACUUGAUUUCUAACCUAUCAUCUUCUGGUUCCACAGCAUUUCCGCAACCUCCUUACAGUGAUGACUGUGUUUUAGUAGAGGCGGAAGAAAAUGAAUACUUUGUAUGAGUUUAUAUUAGUAAAAGUGUUCUAAUACUUCAAGUUUGAGAAGAAAUUAGCAUUUUCUUCUCCAUAAACCUAUCCUUUUUACUUACCUAGAACCCAAGGAAUUAUUUCUAUUUAAUCAUUGAUCAUUACUAGAGAAAUUCAAACCCGAAGGAUUAAAGGACCUUUCGUUUCAGCAUCUACCUAAGCUAACCAUUUAAAAGGCAAUAUUUAAAUUAGCUGUGUGGUUUGAUUUUAAAAAAAGCUUAGAAUAACAUGAGUGCCCCAGAGUGCAUAGCACAGUGUGAAGUGCAAAAAAAAAAUUCUGCAACCAAGUUCUGUACAUAAGUAAUUACAUUAUUGAGGGUAAUGAGUCACUAGAUUAUCUAUUGAUUUAAUUGGGAAUUUGACCCAAUAAUAUAUAAUCCUUCAUGCACUGAAAACCUAGAGCCCAAUUUAGCCUGAGCCUGACCCAAAGCAAAGCCAUUGGGGUAUCCCCAUCCCUAGCCUGUCUUGAGGGAAGGGGUCCUGCAUCUGUUACAGUCCCUAUUAACACAGAGGUGUUUGUGCAAGUGCAAUUUGGGGGCCUCAGGAAAAGUAUUUUCUAAGGGGUGGAAAAACUCGGCUCUUCCCCACUGCCCACCUGGAAUGACCUAGCUUUCCUUGUCACUACCACAGAGAAAAAUGGCUAAGCAUCUCUAGCCUGCUGCCCACAGUCAUUGAAAACCUUCUUGCCUGCUGGAUACAACUUAAGUCCCUCCAUUGCAUAUUACAUUUUAAGACCCGGAAGAAAAAAAUUCCACACUUUCCUAAGUUCCAACUCUAAAAUAAAUAAAAGUCAGUUCCCUGACCGAGAAAGGCCAUGGAAAUGGCCGACCAACUGAGACAUUGUUGGGGUGGCGGGGGUGUGUGUGAAGGUCACAAACAUACACUAGAAGUCAGUCUUGACUACACUGUAAAAGAGAAUUAAGGGAAAAAUAGAAAGUUAAGUUUAAUACAUUAUCUUUCUAAACUAUGCUGGCAGACUGUCAUUACCUUAUAAACAGAACUGCCUCAUGUUCAACCCUACUUUUCAAAUUUUUUUCAAAAAUUCAGCUGCUUGCUGUAAUUUUGCAUCCUCUGGUAAGUUCAGACCUUCAGAUUAUAUCUUUGUUCAUUUUCCCUGCUGCCACCAUUUUCUACUUGCAACCAUUCCCUUUCGUAACACUUGGAAGUGUACCAGCUACUUAUUUAUCCAGAACUCCUUGUACUGAAAUAUCUCAAGAUGGGUUCAUGGCCACUUUCUCCAAGUUGGAACUACUCUCCUUUGGCCCUGGCCCUUUCUGAGUAUGUAAGGCACUGAAGGUUUUUUAUCCAUCUGUUUGUCUUUAAGGGUCAUUUAGGGAUGGGGAGGAGGGAGAGAAAAAACCGCCCAUAAGAGGCAAACCCAAAAGUUUGGGAACUGUUCUAAGACCACUUCCUCUGUAUACCAUGGUUGAUGUGAACUAUUCUUUUUAAUGGCAUUUGACACACAUACUACUAUAAGGGAAAGUAUGGAAUCAUGUUGCUUAAAGGCAAAAUGCAGCUCAAUAAAUCCCAGUACAUCUAGCUAUAUGUGUGCAGUGACACAUCUUAAAAAGCUUAAGGACAAGUAUAUAUGCUUUCAUAUUUUCCAUAGAUUAAUAUGCUAAAAUACUAAACUUGGGUGAGUACAAUUUUGACUUCUUUUAACCUAAUAAAAUUUAAUCUAAAUAUUUUUAAUUUGAGAGAAUUCUCAGUGUGAGAAUCAAGCUCUCAGUAAAAAAAAAAAAAAUUGGCAAAUCGACAAAAAUGAACACAAGUACUCUAGUAUAACAUGGACAUUUAUCAAGUUUGUGAUUGUUUUCCUAUAUGUUAGAGUGUGAGUCUUCAUGACUAAAUACUACAUCCAAAGAUUGAAUUCUCAAUACUGAAAAGUAGGAUACUCAAAUACCUUAUAUGUAUUAUGUUAAUAGAAAUGUGUUUAAGUUCAACCUCCAACCAGGGUUUUCUAAAUUAAAUACUGUAUAUAUUUUGCUUGAAGAAAACAGUAUUAAUGGAAUCGAAGUUGAGCCAAUCAAUUUUGAUGAAAUAUUUUUGUAUGAAAGGUGGUUUACAUUUCAGUAAAAAAAUUGAAAAUAAAAUAACUCUUGCCAAUCAA